GUUCAUCAUGAUCCUGCCACUCAUUACGACAUGUGCUAAUUGUUACGCCAUAAGACACAGCUUACGAGCUCGAUAUGCCAGUUGUACACCAUGCCACGACGAUAAGACAGGAUCUCGGCGUCGAAUGUCUGAGCGGCGCGCAAGAUGAAAGCUUCUUCGACGCGCAGCUAUUGCGCUCGAUCACGCUCGCACUUUCUGCCGUGGGCUUUGACAGCGUCAAGCCGGCGGCGCUGGAAGCAUUCAGAGCAAGAGUGGAAGAAUACAUGCUACACUUCCUACAAAUCGUACGUGGGAGCAUGCAAAGCAGCCGAAGGACGCAGCCCAUUCCCCAAGACUUUAUCAGAGCGCUUGCCGACUUAAAUAUAUACCCGCACCAGCUGCUGGAGCAUAUCAAGCUGAAACUUCCACCACACAUAACACAGCCUCCCAUUGCAUCAGCGGCACACGACGAUCCAUCAGUGGAGCACCUGGAGGGCGUUCUUGGAGGGCAGCUUGCGGAUACCGGCUCCAGGAAAAAAUGGAUGCCAGCUCAUCUACCAGACCUACCAAGCAAACACACCUAUCAGCACACGCCUAUCUUCACAACACGCGAAAACGAUCCUCGCAGGAUUCGUGAGCGGGCAACCGAGGAAGGCGUCCUAGCAGAGCGGGCUAUGCGCAAGCUGCUCAUCAAUGGCGGCCAUGGCACCCCUAAGAUUCCGUUUGCAAGGAAACAGCAAGAAGAGGCGUGGAACGAUGUGGUGCUCAAUUUGAAGCACUUGGAUGAGGAGCAGAAAGCGCGAGAGGAGGAAGGCGACUUUGAGGAUUUUGGGGGUUGGCAACAGGAAGACUAUGAUACCGCCAUGCUCGUCAACUAUGAGAGCAGGUAUUGGAGAAAUGCUGCUCGAGCCACGUGAGUUUGUGCUGUGGGGAAAUCGACGCUUGAUUACGAUUAUGGUUAUGCUUUGGGGCAGAACCCCGCGUUACGUGAGAUACCCUAUUGCUAUACAAUUUGAGGAUGCCGGUUGGCAUGAACUGGCGCUUGGUGCUCAAAGGCGAUGGCGUAUGAAUCUCUACUCUAUCCAACAAAAGACCAGUCACGAGCAAGUGUGACAAAAGGCAUGGUCCGUUGGAAACAGUCUGGCCAGAUACGAGUUGAGCAUAUCAUUCAGCCAAAGAGGAACUCCUUGACCACGGGUGAGCCUGUGAAUUCAGGAUUUAACAAAACGCAACUGUAUCACGAGAGUUAGUAAAGAUCUACGUAGAAGCCAAAAAAGAGCCGAAAACUCAAACAGAGAGUAC